AUGGCCUUGGAUCCUCCUCCGACGUACCAGGAUGCCAAAGAGGAGGCGGGGUCGGCAUACGAGAGCAGUUACGAGAGAGCCAAGACGGAGCUCGACGCCGCCAAGACUGAGCUGGAGGCGUUACGCAAAGCUGCUCUCGACAUACGGCGCAGUUCUCCUGGCGCCACGCCGUGGCUGAUUGGCGGUCUUGGUGCCGGCGGCAACAAGCUGACGGAGAACUACUACGCGGGCCUGUACCAGCUGCGCGUGAUGCUGCGCUCGCUGGCGAGCCGCCCCGAGGCUGGCACGUACGCCUACUGCACUCUCGCCUACUGGACGAUCCUCACCGAGAUCUGGACCUUCUCGCUCGAUAACAUCGCCAAGCUGUACGUGCUCUUCGACAUCGUCUUCAAGAACAUCUCGCAGUAUGGGCUCGACUUUGCAAUGUUCCUCCUCUGCCUCAAGGCGGACACGCAAGAUGCGACGACGGUGAUGGUGCUGGGGAAGCGCGCGGCGCUCGAGUGCCGCUCCGCCAUGUUCCUCUACCUGUGGACCCUCUGGCUCUUCAUGUUCCUGAUGGGUGUGAUGAUGAAGUGGAAGCUCACCUUCCUGUACCUCUGGAUCUUACCCACCCUGUGGCUGAUCUACUGCGCCUUCUUCCAGGGCUACUCGUACUGCUUCGCCGGCCAGGCGGUCUGCCCGCAGCACACCGGCCCGCUCGUCCGCUGCAUCCAGGUCCUCACCACGGGCACGAUCCUACUCGGCUUUGUGUGGAUGCGCGCCUGCUUCCUCUUCCCGUGCCUCUGCGCGCCAACGGUGCCGGGAUGGCUCUUCUUCCCCCCCGACAACCCGCCGCCCAGCCCGCUCAAGGGCGACAUCGACUGGGACGCCUUUAGCUACCUGCUGGGCCUCGCGGCGAGGGGCUUCCCACAGCCGGAGGACUGUGUCUGGGAGCCUCCCGCGGGAUGA